GGUCAUUGGCUAAACUAUCAUGGUUUCCGAUGAUGACCCACCUGGAGAGACACAGAGAGCUCUGUUUAUUGUCCUCCUUCAUCUCUGAGCAGGGGAAAUGGCUGGACUCUGUUCUGGGUCAGCUUAAAUGGAGCAAGGAUAGCUUGCAGAGUGGAUGUGGUUUUGUGCAAUGUCCUCACAACGAGCAUCACUAUAUUCCCUCUGAAUCUCUGGAGGCACACAAGACCAGCUGUUUCUAUGCCACAAAGGGAGUGAGUCGAGUCAGCCUUGACGAGAGUUGUCCUCUGGUGGUCCGGAAAGACGCACUGUAUCAGGAUAAAUAUGUCCCAUCAAUAGAAAUAGACGCAGCCAUUGAGAGAGCAGUUAAGGUGACGGCCCAAGACCCAGAACUGUACCAAGAGAAGGGGACCAAUAAACCACAGCCCAGUCCUGAUGGAGUGGAGGACUGUGUGUCCUCUGGUAUUGAUGUGACAUCACUCACACCACACCAAGUCAUCAGUUACAUCAAGUCAUGGCGGAAGGUCCCACUCGACUGGACCUCCAUCGUCCCCUCCUCUCUUGACCUGACUCAGUUGAAGGGAUGGCUCUUCCAGAACAUACCCAGGGAGCAUGCACACAGUGCUUCUGUUGGUGGAGAGAUGGUUGUGGUGGACACCAUUGUGCAGGCCCUCACCCAGGAGGAGGCACCCAGUGUCACUCCCAAUGCAGUGGUGAACACACUCAGGUCCCUUCUCAGAGCUAAUGCGAGUUCGUUUGUGUUGAGUCUGUGGAAGCACGUCCACAUCAGCUGCACACUGGAGAGGGGGGGCCUGGCAGGAGGUGUGGUUGAGGACAUUGCCCCAAUGCACCUAACCCAGCUACUCACUUUACAACGAGGGGCACCUCAGAUGAGAGAGGAGGAGGCUCCCCUCGUUUAUAAGAAAAUUAAGGAGCUCAUGGGAGGUGCCAGCCCACCCCCUGACCACACCCCUCCCUUGCCCAUGGACGCAGUGUUCUACAGUAGCUCUCCCACUGAGAGGAGGGUCAUGUACGACUAUGUGGUGGGGGCAGGGCAGGUGAAGGUACCAAAGGAAAAGAAGAAAAUUGAUCCGGAUCUCUAUCGAAAUGAUGAAGCAGUUCUUAAAGCCAAGUUGAAGGCGCUGGCACAACAGGAACAAGGUGGGGGAGACCAGGACAGGCCAUUUCAUGAGCUCCUCCGCGAGAGGAAGGAGAAGAGAGACUAUAAGAGACGUCGACAGAAGUACAGGGCCAAGAAUGUGCACAUCACAAGGAGAAAGACAUCUGAGAUAUUCCACGAUAUUAUCAACAACCGAAUGGAUGAAAUUGCUGAAACCCUUCGCCCACAACUCAAAAAUGCAAGCAACCUUGACAUUACUACCGAACAAAGUAUUCGAACCAUACAACACUCGGACGCAGAAGACGCUCAUUCUAUUGAGAAAAGCCAAAGAACUAAACAGGAAGAUGAGCAAAGACCAAGUUCUCGGAGGAAACGACAUUUAUCACGGUCCAAAUCUCGAUCUAGAAGCAGAGAGAGGCAUCACUCACACAAGAAACAUAAGAAACAUAAAUCUCAUAAACACUCUAGCUCUAGUAAACACUCUAGCUCUAGAGAGCAUAGGCAAGACUGAGACUUUAUAUCUAGUAACACAUUAUUCACUGUUAACGUUGUUUUGUUAAUAAUUUUGCAAUUUACCAUACAAGUGCUUAUAUAAUGUGAUUGUGCUGA